AUGGGCAAGUUCGACCGGCCGCCGUCGGCGGCGGGUCACGCCGAAUUUGAAUACGUUCACUACGAUGGCAUGCCGUUGCAAAGGUUGGCGUCGGAAGGGCCGGAGGAGGCGGCCGCCCGGGAGGAACACAACCGCAGAAUACUCCGGCCCGUGCUCGACUUCCUGCUUCUCGCGGCCGUGCUCCUGCCGUGGACGCUCUGGUGGGACAUGGCGGGCGAGCAGUGCUGGAACCCGUCGAGCUACAAGGCGACGGAGCCGACCCUGCUGAGGGUCACCCGCGGGGUGUGGAUAGCGUGGCUCACCCACGCGGCGGGGUUGCUGGACGAGGCCCUGCGCGUCUUCCUGGGGAUAAGGCUCACGAUGGGCCUGGGAUCGCCGACGUCCGUGGACAAGACGUACACGAAGAUGUCGAGGCAGGCGGAGAUUGUGGCAGAGGGCAUCGCCGUGGACGAUUUUCCGGCGCUGGUUCGACUCUACGCCGGCGCCGAACCCCCCCGCGCAAACAAGCGUUCGAGCUCCGGGACCGCUCGAAGUGGCAGCGGCCGAAUAGGCGGGGACGAUGGCACGUCCUACGCGGCAGGCCUGGCCGCCGCCGCGCGCGCCCGCGUGAACAAGUCGCUGGUGAUGAGGGUCGAGAGGAUCGCGGCGACGGCGCGGCUUUGGAGCCUCGUGCCGUGGAGCGACGUGCGUCGGUACGACCGCGUUCACGUGAAGGGGAUAACCCUCCGCCUAAGGCAAGUCAACGGGAUCCUCAACUUCUCGUUCCUGGCCCUCAAGAAGAAGGGCAGGUCGGGCGUUGUCGGUCUCGUCGGAGAUGCAGCCGCCGUGGGUGCUCCGGGCGGGGGGUUGGGUGGGGAGGGUGGCGCCGACAUGGCCGGCGGCAGUCGGCGAGCCAUGAGCUUCGGGGGGGGGCCUGCUGCAGGGCCGGAAGGGUCUGCUGGGGUUGGAGCACCGGGGUACGGCAACGGCAGGAGCUUGGAAGAUCUCGACGGCAUAGACACGGACGGGGAAGACACGACCGACACCGACGAGCUACUCGAAUACGAGGAGGAAGACGACCACAAAGGCGAAGAAGAGGGAGACGGAGCCUGCUACGGGCCAGUGAACGAUGCUGAUCUCCUCGCAUCGGCCGGCGGCGGCGAUGCGGCGGGGAAUUGCGACGCGAUUGCCCUGCUUGGCAGGCGGAGGGCGCGAUCUUCAUCAUCGUCGAUGAUGUCGGCGGACGAAGCGUCACUGCGGUCGCAGUCCGUCACGACGUCCGGCGCCCCCGGAUGCGAGGCGCGAAGAGGGACGACACCGUGGGCAGCGGCAGCGGCGACUAGCACUAGACCUGCGCCCCCCGGCGCGCGGCCGAGCCACUCGGCGUCGGCGGCGGCGGCAACGGGCACGAGCGGUAGCAGCCACCACCAAGCGCCUGGAGCGCGGGCACGGUCUAUGUCGCUUUCGGUGCAAAAGAGGAAAAAGGCCGCGCCGCUAUCGUCUUCCGAGAACCACGGGAACCUGGGGGUUUUCAAAGUGCUCGGGGAGGCGUUUAUGCGACGCUUCAAUGCCUACUCGGACCAGGUGAGUGCGGCAUUCGACCGUGUGUCAGACAUCAAGGUCGUGCCAAAGCUCUGGCGGUGGGGCAAGAAGCGGGGACCGAAGAGACGUAAGCGCUUCGAGGUGGGCGAGAUAUUCUUGGAGGACGUGUGCAUCUGCGUGGACUCAGGGGUCUGGAACGACUUGCUCGGUGAUCAGGUCGGGGCCGCCUUCAGCCCGGAGUUCCGCCUGAGUGUUCGGGUCGGUCCGAAGGAGCUGCUGACACCGAACGGGAAGGGCCGGCUGCCCGGCGAUAUAGGCAAGCUGCUCAACGAUAAGCUCGUCCGGCUGCUGGCUCGCCUGGUGAUGCGGGAGACGCUCAAGACGUCCACCCUCACGAGCGUGGUGAUCACGUCACUAGCACUCGACACGGACGCGCGGGGACGACGGCUGCAGGGCAAGCACAACAAGUCGCUCAGUCCGCCGCCGAUUGAGAGGGGGCAUAGGAGGCAUGCCGGGGCAAGCGAGACGACGCUGCCCGUACAUGCGUCGGCGGUGGCUACGGCGGCGCCAACGUCGGCGACGGCGUCGGCAGGGUCCGAAAACAGCUUGUCGCAAUCGCCACCUCCGCGAUCACGGGUGCGGCAGCGGCCGGGGGGUCUCGCGGCUAGGAGCGGCAUCGGUGCCGUUUCCGACGGCGGCGGCGGCGGCGGUAUUGCCGCCACUUCUGAUGAGGACGAAAGAGAAGGGGUUGUUAGUAACGAGAGAAGGCGGUUGCCGGGAAGGGGUCGGGGUGGGGCGUCGUCCCGCCGGGAGCGGCGAGGCACGGUUGGCGAUGUUGCCGUCGGUGGCGGUGGUGGCGCCGGUGACGGUGGUGAGGAGGGCGGCCGCGGCGAGGAUAGCAGCGGCGGCGGCGAUUCUGUCGAGACGGUGGCGAAGGUGCCGCCCUGGAUGGAGGGGGUUGAGGCGUCGCCCGAGUACGAGGAGAUGAAGCCGACCCUUGACGUUAUCAAACAGACGGUUCUGCUCGCGAUGUUGCAACAGACGAAUAGAUCCGUGGACCUCUCGACCGAGGGUUUCGAGGAGCCCCAGCAUCAGGGCGAUAUCAACGCCAAGCACAACGGCAGGACCUGGGGUAGGCGCCACGCGUCGCGGUCCUCCUCCACCUCCAAGAACGCAGGGGAGAUGCUGGAGCUGGAGGGGGAGGACAAGAGGACGCUAGAGAGAAGGAUGCAGAGGGAGAUCAUCGCGGCGGAGGAGGCCGGGGGCGACGUGGAUCGGCUGGUGAUGAAGAGGCUGCUGGCGGGGGUGCGGGACUCGGGGCCCGACACCGCGUACAAGGCUCUUGCUUCGAUAGAGCUGUCUUCCUUCAUCGACAAGGUGUCUAAGGGCACGCGGUUCGCGCAGCAUCUGGACCACCUAGGCAUCGACGUGAAGAGGCUGUCGCGGUCCUUGUCCGGCCUCACCGCCGGCGAGAUGAUGGAGGGGGUCAAGGACACCGCCGGCAAGGUCGGGGACGAGGCGCGGCGCCUGCGUACGGAGGCCGUGCGCGUGCAAAAGGAGCUCCUGGAUGAAAGCGGCAUCUUGCCGCUGCUCAACGAUGCCGGCGGCCGUGAUGACGCCACUUCCCUCGCUGCGGCGGUCGGACUCCUCACCGACGCGCUCUCCGGAGAGCACAACACCGCCAGUAGCGGGGGCGGCGGCGGCGGCGGCGGAGGCGGAGGCGGAGGCGGAGGCGGUAGUAGCCUUGUCCCUCAAGACGAGGAAAGCUGGGAGAGGGGAGUGGCCGUCCCGAAUGACCCCGAGGAGGAGGGGCAUAGUGUAGAGAGCGGCUUGAGAAGCGCGGGUAUUGUUGGCGGCGGCGGCGGCGACUUGGACGAGGUGGACCAGGUGGACGUCAUCAUGCAGGUCCUGGACCUGAUCGAUGCUGUGGAGCGCCUGAAGAAGAGCAUCGUGGAAGGAGGAGUCUCGCUUGGGAAGGUUGAGCAGGCCGUCGGCAAGGUGGCUCAAGGCAUCGACGUCUACCUCAUCUUGGCGGCGAGCGAGUCCAUGCUCGGCUUCCUCUUGGAGCGGCUCGGCAAGCUCCCCGUCGGGCACGCCAAGUUCGCCGGCAAGGGCGUCGAGGCUCGGGUUUGGAACCUGGACCUGGAAGGGGUGCACGUGAAGCGGGAGAACGUCGACCUCGUCAUGAAGGGUUUCCGUCUACCCAAGAGAGGCACGGCCGUGAUGACCAAGUUCGGGCCAGGAAACAUCAAGCGGUACAAGAAGCGGUCUCGGUGCUUUGUGGUGAACCUGGACUGGAGGCUGGGCUCCGGCAAGCGCGUCAAGGCCUACCUGCAGCCGAACGACAUCGAAAUUCUCGAGGGGCACGAGGGGCGUUUGAGCGACGAAGAGGAGGUGAAGGAGAGCGGGCACACAAAAGUGACGGUCGACACCAGCGAAGCCGACGCAUCGACCCUCGCGCCAGAGGAGCCCGGUGGGAGCAAGAGCGGCGGUGGAGACUCCUAUUUGUCGCCGCCUCGCCGCGAACACAGCAACGCUGGCAGUAGCACCAGCAGCGCGCCGUCUCUCCCGCCGCCGCGUGCGGAAAGAGGGGGAAGGUGGCCUUCCUUGCCCAGGAUUUGGAACCGGCGGAAGAGCGCGGGGGCGCCGCAAGCCGCAGCAUCGGCGGAACUCGGUCCGGUCGGGGUCGGGGUCGGCGACGGGGGUGGGGGUGAGAGAGUAGUCGCCGCCGCCGGCAAGCCGGGCGGCUCGGGGGGGAAGACGAUGGCCCGGCGCACGGCCUCGGCCCCUGUGUUGUUGCUGCCCUCGACGACGGGGGCGCUGCCGCAGCAGCAGGGGGAGGGGGAUCCGUCGGCGCGGGUUGUGUCCACGGAGCCCCUCGGAGAGGAUCUCUGCUCGAGCGCUUUCGCCCGCGAGGCCGGACAGGCGGAGACGACAUCUUCUUCUGUGUCCUCCUCCUGGCGGGAAGCGGCGGGGACGACGACUUGUCACCCUGCCAGGGAAAAUGCGCCGCCGAGGAGCAGAAUUCUCGACGACGGCGACGACGGCGUGGCCGAGGACGGCCGUGGGUUUGGAGAGGUACACCGUCGCACGGAGCGGAUCAACAGCCAGGGGCCCAUCACCGGCCCCAAUUCGGCGGACGUGAUGUCGGCGCCGUUCCUCGUCGCGCGGAUCUCGGGCGUGGGCGCGGAGCUCAAGGACAUCAUGUGGGCGGUGAAGCAGACGCACUUCCCGUACCUGCGGACCCAGGGUAGCCUCCAGGCGACGCUGUCGGGCCUCACCAUCGAGCUCGAGCUGGACACGCAGGAACUCCCGGCGGGACAAAGAAAGAAGCCGCAGGGUGGCGGUAGCGGUAGUGGUGGUGCUGUCGGCGAAAGCGACAGCGGCGGCGGUAUCGACAGAGGUGGCAGCGGUGGCAGCCCGACGGGGCUGAAGCUCACCCGCUUGAGGGUGUCGGUCCUGGCGGUGAAAGUCCACGUGAAGAACAACGCCCUCAGCGCCGUGUACAACCUGGCGGCCUCCGCCUUCGAGGCGGCCGUGAAGCGCCACGUCGUCGAGAAUGUCGAGGCCGCCGUCCGCAAGAACGUCACCUCGCUCCUCACCAUCAUCAACACGCAGCUCAGCGAGAAGUGGAACGUCUUGUGCAAGGUCGGGGGCGGGAACGGAAGCAGGGGCGGCGGCGGCGGCGGCAGUGGCGGCGGGGGCAUGGAAGGUCGUCGCAGAGGCAAGCGCGUCUCUCCUCGCGGUGUCGAC